GGCUGAUUGUAAAAUAAGCUUAAGGUUUAUUACGUCUAUCGUAGAAUCGGCCUAAUUACGGAAAUUUUCGAUAUUUUUCAAUACUUCACGGUACUCUUAGGUUAGAAAACUCAUCCGUGUGUUUCAAUAGUGUUUCUGUGAGAACUGAAAAUCCGAAAUCCGCGAACUACUCUCGUGGAUAGUCGGUGGUCAGAGGAAACUUCUUCCGAGUGGAGAGUUCGAACACACCCGAAGAUCCACAGCAGCCCAGGUGAUCGGCAAAAAGAGGGAAAGAGAGGAGGGAACGAGUGAGAAGGAAUGAGCAUAUUUUCUUUGUCGUUGACAACCUGAUGAGACGAGCUUCCUCGUCCACGUGGGCGACGUGGUAGCGGAAACUGCGCGACAAGAGCCGAGAAGGGAUUUCUUCCAGGGUGGAUCGAUCCGGGCGAGAGUUCCAACGACGGCAUCCGACGUCCUGACAAGCGUCGCGGUUUGCACUGUGAUUUUAGGUUAUGCUCGUACCCGACAUGGCACUUUCUCACGCUACCUUAUGCUGAAACCGAAGGAGAGCGAAAGUGGUGAUAAUUAUGAUAAUGCCGUGAAUAACAUAUGGACGCUUUUCCGGACGAGUGACGCGUGUACGAUAAUCUUUUGGAAACAAGAUGGUUUGUCAAUAAUCUCCUUACGUUCGGGGCUUUGUAACAAGACGAAAUAUAUUCUUUGGGAACAUGACACGCUCGCAUGUAAAGUACCAAAUUGCUAGAGAUGAUGUCGAUACGUCCGAGUACUUACCACAAAGUAUUCCAGAUUUCCAAAAUGUAACGAAACCAGAACCUACACUUUGGAGAAAAGCAUUCCACGUAUUUUUAUUGAUCUCGGCUUACUUUGUUUUAUCAAUAGGCCUUACAUUUUAUAAUCCCUGGCUUUACAAUACAUAUGGAUUUAAUUUUCCACUUGGAGUGGUGGUUUGCCAUUUGGUUAUAAAAUUUGCGCUAUCCGCGUUAAUAAGGUGCAUCAGAAGAUGUUACUAUGGUAAACGAAUAAAUCUUCCAUGGCAGAAUAUAAUUUAUUCAUUAAUGGUGCCUGGCAUAGCCAGUGGUGUCGAUAUUGGUUUAUCGAAUUGGGCACUUUCAUUGAUUUCGAUAUCUUUAGUCACCAUGACUAAGUCAACCACUAUUAUAUUUAUUCUUGGAUUUUCUCUUUUGUUUAAACUAGAGAAAAAGUCAUGGUCUCUAGUGGGGAUAGUAGUAAUGAUAGCGGGAGGAUUAGCGAUGUUCACUUUUAAAUCUACCCAAUUUGGCAUUCUUGGAUUUAUACUGUGUCUCCUGGCAUCAUUUGCCAGCGGUAUUCGAUGGACUAUGACACAACUCAUUAUGCAAAAAUCCAAAAUCGGCCUCCACGAUCCAGUAGACAUGAUGUAUUAUAUGCAGCCUUGGAUGCUGUUACCCGCAAUAUCAGUGGCUUUAUGGUUUGAAGGCGGCAGAAUAUAUGAUGGUAUUAGAAUAACCGAUUGGGGUAAUAUCGGUAGUAUUUUAUUGACUACAAGUGCUGUAGUAGCAGGUGCCAUUUUAGCAUUUAGUAUGGAAGUGAUGGAAUUCUUAGUUGUUACUUAUACUUCUAGUCUGACAUUGUCGAUCUCGGGAGUAUUUAAGGAAAUAUGUACAUUAGCGCUGGCGUUUGUGUUGAAAGGUGAUCAAAUGACUGGCCUUAACUUUAUAGGAUUGUUAAUGUGCCUUGGGGGUAUAAUACUUCAUGUUGUCCAGAAGGUAUUACUUAGCAGAAAGAAAGUGGUUGAUAAUAUGGAAUUACAAUCGAAAGUGGCAAGCAAUAGUGCUAAACGCGAAGAGACAACUGAUUCGAAUGUGCCAUUAUUGACGGAAAAAUCGACGUCUCUAAUGAAUCUUCUCAAUGCCGAAUUCAGUUCGGAUGAGGACGGUGAUUUGAGAGAGCAUGAAAAUUCGACUCAAAUACUUUCAGACAUUUUGCAACGCAGAGAACAGUGACAUUUCUUGAACUUUUAGACGUGAUAGACGAGGAAUUAUUUUUUACUGAGAAAAAAACAUUCCAAUGUAUGGCUUACAGCAUUUUAUAUUUUUCCAGUGUAAAUCUUACAGCCAAUAAUGAAGUUGCGGUUAUCAUAAAUUUUACAUCACAAAUUUAUGCUUCAUAAAAUUUAAUAUAUCAGAAAUAACAUGCCACAGAGUUCUUUUUUAACAAGUAACGUUAAAAAGUGAUGGUUUUAGAUAUCUCUUAGAUAUCUUUGAAGAUUCGUCUAGAUAUUAAUCUGGGAUGUUAAACGCAUCACAAAAGAUUUAAAUAGUAAUGUAAUAUACGUGUUUGCUGUGAAACGUAAAUUAAUUAAAUGUAAGAUUUCCUGAUACAUUUCUAUAUAUUAUCAUCACGUAAGAAUAAGAUACAAACACAUCUUCAAAAAUUGCGAAGUACAAAAAUGAAAGUGUAAAAUGGACUUCGUCGCGUAUGUGUUAAUAUUGAUAGAAAAGCAUCACCUACAUAUGAAGACUUAUAAAUUAUUGUUAUUGUUUUAAUUUAUUAUAAACAAAAGCUUUACUAUGCAAUAUAUUUGUUUAAAUUAUAUAUAUGUAUACAUAUAUAUAAUUUUUUCUUAGAAUAUGCGUCCAGAAUAAUAAUAAUUCAAUGUUUGUGUAUAUAACAAUCUUCUAAGAAUGAACGCACAAUAUAUAUAUAUAAUAAAUUUAAACGCACUAAUUAAGACACAUUGUCAAUAUAACGUGUAAACAUGAGUUAUUUAAACAAAUGCGUUUUUUUUUUAAUUCUAUGUAUAUUUAUAAAUGCAUGAACUGAUAAUAGUUCACGUGUGUUAUAUAUGUUCAACAUGUUAAUAGUAAAGCAUCUAUUAUACCAAAAGUCAAUUUUAUUUUCGUAUCCCCUCUCGUAUUGAGGAUGCAUUUUGUAAUUUGAUUAAAGCUUAAUAAAUAUUUUACAUAUAAA